ACCAAUCACAAAGUAAAGAGCGAUAUUCGUCCAAUCAUGCUUCAUUAUUGGCGACAUCACUUCCUGGUUGGCUUCCCAUGCUUGGUGUUUGCAGUGCGUCUGUUUCGAAUAAAUUAUCUCAUGGCCAAAGGCAAGUCUUUGAAAUCAGAAUCGAAUCUUCCUAAAAGGAAGAAAUUAGGUUUAGAUGUGAACGAAGUUCAUGUGGAAGGAGUGAUGGUUACUGAAAUGAAAAAGAAAAGGAAAAAGAUGGCAGUAAAGAUUUCUCAUGUCACAUGCACAGCAGGGGAUGAAAAACAGAAAAAGGACAAGCAAUGCAAAAAGAAACAAAUGAUGUUGCAAACACAGGCACAGCAAACUGAGAUUUCAGAUCCCCCCGGUCACCCUGAGCGGACGCAUGAACUAGAGGCAGAAGAGGACUUGAGUCCUGAGGAGAAGCGGGUCCUGGAGAGGAAGAUGAAGAAAAUCCUGAAAAAGGAAUUGAAGAGGCUUAAAACUGAGGGAGAGACUUUGCAGAAAAGUGAAGCAUCUGGACCCACGGCACUUCAGCAGGCCUUGGAUUACCUCACAUGCUGGGCUGAAAACCGUAGCAGGUGGAAGUUCCAGAAGAUCAGGCAGACAUGGUUACUGCAGCACAUGUUUGACAGUGAAAAGAUUCCAGACACAAAGUUUGCUGUGUUGCUGCAGUACCUGGAGGGGCUUCGUGGAGGGGCGAGGGACUUAACGGUGCAAAAGGCCUUAGCUCUGGUUGAGGAGUCAGGACAAGCACCAGAGGACAGGGUUGUCCAGCAGAGGGCACACAGAGCCAGAGAAGUUAUCCAGCUGCUUUCCUGACACAUUAGUACUAAAGGAAGACAAUAUUCACUAAGACUGAAAAAUGUUGAUCUGUGGACUGAACCCUGAUCUCAGGCUUGGACUAAUAGUGUUGCUUUUAUAUGAAGUAGUUUAGAACUGUUGGGGCAAGGGGAGAGUUUUUAAUCAAUCAACUAUUACUUGUAUUACUAUGUGUUUAGGUAACUUUUCCUUUACCGGGUCUUGGCAUUUUGUGUGCAUUGUUACCUGAUUGUAAUCAGUCACAGAAACAUUUUAGAAAAUAUGAAAUCUUACAAUUUUUUUAAUGUAUGUUUUAACAGCCAGGAUUUCAAAAUAUAAGACAAAAGAAAAAAUAAGUUAGCAUUUCUUUUAAGAAAAAGACAGUAGUUGAUUCUCGUGACUUCUUUCAACUCCAGAUGUUAAGAUUUCACAGAACAAGUGUCCAGUUUGAUCAGCAUGGACAAAUGAGAAAUGCAAAUUUCCACAAAUGAACCAGAAAGCCAAGAAGACCCUUAGAGUUAACUCUCUGGAAUGUUUAUAGUCGAGGCACGUUCAUGUGCUUGUCAAGGCCCAUAGUCAGUGAAGUCACUGAUGAAAAUACCUUUUCUCAUCCACUUUGGGUAUCAUCAUUAUAAGCAUGUUUUGUUUUGACACCUCACUUGUGGAAAAAAACCCUAAUCCAAACCAGAAGUCCAUGUGCAAUGCAUGCGCAUUUGAGAUUUGUUUAUGUACUUAUUUUUGGAACAAGUGUUGUAACCCAAUUAGAACGUUUAUAUUUGCUCAUAUAACCAUGUACUGUAUUUAUAAUCCACAUCUCUAUAUCCUACUCAGGUACAUGAAGUUAGCAAAGAACCAGCUGCCAGUUAUGGCUACAGUAGCAGGGAAAAUGUAGGCUUACUGCACUACACAACCACUAGUUCUGACUCUUAAUUCUGGUUAUAAAUUUGUAACAGGAAGGAAACUGAGUCUCUGUAUGUAGAUAGGGUGGUGACCUGACCUUACUUCUUGGAUUUCUAAAAAAUACAAAUAGUACAAUAAACAUUUAAAUACC